AUGGACGCCCCGAGAACUUUUGGCCCGCCCCGGCAGGCUACGUUCCAUGACAUUCCUUAUGAGAAACGAUGGGACUACCUCAAGGAUAUAAUCGUCAAGGCCUUUUUGGGAGAUGCUACAAGCAGCCCACUGACAUUCCCUAAACUUUCCGAGUUCAUGAAGAAGCACCAUGGCUUUGAUGCAUCACCCACCCAGUAUCGCUAUCGCCUCUGCCAGUGGAACAUCCGAAAAAAUACAAAGAAAGUAGAGAAGACUGCGGCGAUUACCGCCCUCGGGAAGCGCAAUCGUGUCGGAGGCAGCACCUCGGAUGUGAAGAUUCGACAAGGGGGAUCGAUGAUGCCCAUGGACAGCAAACAGGUGAAGCGGUUCAUCAAUGACAGUAUCCGUCACCACUCUGUCCCGUCAUUGAUCCCUGGCAUAGUUUCUCAGUGGAACCUGCCAUACAUCGCGUACCGUGCCUCGCUCGGGAGGCAAGACGAUCAAUCGUCUCCGUUCAACUGCAAUCCACCGACCCCGCAAUAUCUCCAAAUCAACAGCCCCGAGGCAUCUGCCUGUCAAGCUUCGGACAUGUCUCCUGGUGUUGCUCUCGUUCGGAGGAAGACCAUGCUAGAUCGAACACUCGCAGAUUGGCUGCAUGACUACUGGAUGUACUGCUUCGUGAGGGCCAAGUUCUGGGGAACCGGCCCUCAAGAAUGGACAGCCGGAAUGGUCUCGCAGUUCACACUUGGCUCAGUCACGAAUGAAACGCCUCUGAACUCCCGCUCGCCUUCCGCAAUGAUCUCUGGACAAUCUUCAUCGGGGUCCCGUCGCGUCGAAGCUCCACGACCAACACAGCUAUGUCACUGGGCCAUUCACCAUAGAAAUACAGUGCAUUACGAGUUUCUACCCUCUUCUCCACGUGUGGAACAAGAAAGUUUUGAUCUCGGUGACCAAUCGUCUUGGACUGCGUGGACGGAUUCUCAGAGAUCCCAGUCUUACCAAAACUCCAUUCAUGAAGCCUUUAUCCACAACCGAUUCAGUACAACUGCCCCCGAGGAGGUUCCAAUAGCUUGUGAGGUCGUUUCAGAGGUCAUUUCGACAUCUGACAUGCCAUUGGCAUUGGACUCGUUGGCAUUUGCCAUUAUGGCUGGCAACAUAGAACUUAUCUCAAAAACUCUUUCCGAAAUGCGGCUCUCAGCCAAGACUAGGAUACUGGACUUCACGGGUAUCUACCCAUACCAUCUUGCGGCAUCCUUUCUAGAUGGAGGAAGAACCUGUUGUCUUAUGCUCCAUGAACUUACUAUGGAAUUGCAAGGCUACCAUUAUCCAAUCGCUCUCAACAACUUGGACUCCAACGAACAUACUGUGUUAGACUGUCUUAUGAUUUCAGUCUUGCGCUCCCACACAAACCUUUCUCCGGCAGAAGUCAGCACAAGUUCCGUUCAAUGCACUCGCUUUCCAGGCGAAGAGAAGGAUAUUUGUGGGCGAUGGGAUGCCAACUCACCAGAACUACGACAGCUCUACAAAUCUGGACAAGCGAAAAUCCCGGACUAUUGGAAGCACAAUUUCUGUCACAGCUCUGUACAGGCCGUGUGCCACAGCAUGAUGGCAAUUCUUUUGCCUUCGUCAAGGCCAAACAUCAACAUCGUCAGCGGCCUCUUUCGACGACGUUGCACCAGCUGCGGGCUUGAGAUGAAACUAGGCCCGCUGCAUACUCUUGUGGCUGUCGCUUUCCAUCUAGCAGAGAAUGGAAAGAGUGGCGAAACGCUGUUUGGGGCACUGGCUUGUCUCGUCUGUCUCCUUGUACUAGGGGCCGACCCCGCUCAAGUUGCAGACUUGUCAGUGCUCGACAUAUUCUCGUCUCCUGAUGAAGAAGUGUGUCUUCAUAGACCCAUGACUGCCUUAGAACUGGCGGACCAAGUUCCAAGAGCAGUUAGUGAAGCUUGGGGGGCUUCUUCUAAGCUUGGCUGGAAAUGCCUCUUGUUGGUUUUGCGCCACACAACUCCGUCCUCGCAGCAACACGAGCAAUUCAUGAAGUUUAGCUUCAAAUCAAAUAUGUGUUGUCAGUUACACGACGAUGAAGACCGAGACGAAAUAUUAGAUGAGAGAGAUAGAAGCUCAUUACAUGAUGAGCGGGGUGAGUGCCCGCUGAUUGAUGCACAUGAAGACAUCGGGCUUCCCCCUGUUAACCAGAAUCUCGGUGUUCUCUGGGCGACAAUUCAAACAGAGCUUCUCACUUACCGAAAGGUCAAUGUUAAUGAUGCAGCCAUCUCAGAUCGCUUUCAACUAUCUUCUCUUUUGAGCUGGCUCGAAGGGGGAUCAGAUACGUUCGAGACGCCUCUGCUGACGAAUGGCAUAAUGAAAUCUCACACGCCAUGUGGGUGGUUUAAUGGACGGGCAAGCCCGUUCGCGGUCACAGCGUCCGAUGUGUGUUCAGAAUAUUUCAUGAAUAUGGACAUCUGGUCUCGGGCCUCUUUCAUUGAAGAGAUGAUCAUUGAUUGA